AUGCCUAAGAAAGCUUCCAAUAGAGUUCGAUGUUUCUUCGAUAUUGAGAUUAAUAAAGUACCAGCUGGACGAAUAAUAUUCGAAUUGUUUGCGGAUGACUGUCCUAUUACCUGUGAAAACUUUCGUGCUCUAUGUACAGGGGAAAAAGGAGCUGGCAAGACUACGUAUAAGCCUUUGCAUUAUAAGGAUACCCCUUUCCAUCGCAUCAUUAAAGGUUUUAUGAUUCAAGGUGGCGACUUUACAUCAGGUGAUGGCACUGGUGGUGAAUCAAUAUAUGGAGGAACUUUUAAUGAUGAAAAUUUAACUUUAAAGCAUGAGGAUUCCUUUCUACUAUCUAUGGCCAAUCGCGGAAAAAAUACCAAUGGCUCUCAAUUCUUUGUAACAACAAAUCCGGCUCCACAUCUCGACGGAAUCCAUGUUGUAUUUGGACGAGUUAUUAGAGGUCAAGAUAUCGUUACACAGAUUGAAAAUCAGCGAGUUGAUUCUAACCAUAGAUCACACGCAGAUGUCCGAAUUGUGAAUUGUGGUGAAUUAGUAUUACUUAAAAAAGGUAACCAUCAUCUAAUUUUUAUUAAUAAAAUAUAUUUAUAA